UUAUGCCACCCCAAAAUUAUAACAUCGUGUAAAGCUAUUUAAACAAAUAAACUGGUCUAAAAUUAGCUUUUACCCUAAAACAGAGACUAGAACAACAAAUAAAAUUACAUCGAUACCCUUUAAUAUUUUUUUCACUUCCUGCUCACCAAAGAGAAAACCCUAAAUACCAAGUAGAAUAACAACCCUAACUUUAAAAGAAAACCCUACUCCUCAUUUUUUUGUUUCACAGAAUAGCAGGCCAUUGCAUCGGUCAAUAGAUCGUAGCAGUGGAAAAAAUGGGGUUCAAGGGUACUAAGGCUGAGAAGAAAGUAAUCUACGACAAGAAAAUAUGCGAUUUACUGGAAGAUUACACGCAGGUGUUGGUGUGCCUUGCAGACAAUGUGGGAUCCAAUCAGUUGCAGUCCAUUCGGCAGGGAUUGAGGCCCGAUUCAGUCGUCCUAAUGGGAAAGAAUACCAUGAUGAAAAGAUCUAUUAGGAUGUAUGCCGAGAAGUCUGGCAAUACGGCUUAUCUGAACAUCAUCCAGUUGCUCGUGGGAAAUGUUGGGCUUAUUUUCACAAAAGGUGACUUGAAAGAGGUCCGUGAGGAAGUUGCAAAGUAUAAGGUUGGAGCUCCAGCGCGUGUUGGUUUGGUUGCUCCAGUUGACGUGGUUGUACCCCCUGGAAACACUGGUCUAGAUCCAUCCCAAACUUCUUUCUUCCAGGUGCUGAACAUUCCCACAAAAAUUAACAAGGGUACUGUUGAAAUUAUCACACCUGUAGAACUCAUUAAGAAGGGAGAUAAAGUGGGUUCUUCCGAGGCAGCUCUGCUUGCUAAGCUUGGUAUUCGUCCAUUUUCAUAUGGACUUAUUGUGCAGUCUGUUUAUGACAAUGGAUCAGUAUUUAAUCCAGCAGUUCUUGAUCUCACAGAGGAAGAUUUGAUUGAAAAAAUUGCUGUCGGUAUCUCUAAUGUGGCAGCUCUUUCACUGGCUCUCAGCUAUCCUACAUUAGUGGCUGCUCCUCAUGCAUUCAUCAAUGGUUACAAGAAUGUUUUAGCUAUUGCUAUUGCUACAGACUAUUCAUUCCCACAGGCAGAGAAAGUCAAAGAGUACUUGGAGGAUCCAAGCAAGUUUGCAGUUGCUACUGUUGCAGUUACUACAGAAGCUGCUGCUGCUGCUCCUGCUGCAGCUGCUCCAAAGGAAGAGGAAAAGAAGCCUGAACCUGAAGAGGAGUCUGAUGAUGACAUGGGUUUCAGUCUAUUCGAUUAGAGUGAUGUGUUGGUUUGUUUGGGAAACUGGAUGUCAAUAGGGUUGAGUCAAAAGCAGAUUCUGAUUAUCACAACUUCUAUUAUUCUUCUAUUAUCUCUUCAUUGUAGUUCAUAAUCAAUUCAGUUGGUUUUAGUUGCUAGGCAGGGAUGUAGCAUAAGUUCCAAGUUCAGAAUUUUAGGCAAAGAGAUUCCUUUCAAUCUUUUAAAUUUUGAAGGCUUAUCAAUAUAAACAUGUAUGAGAAAACAGAGCAUUGUUUAAGUGAUUAACACGAGUUUCUUCAAUUUUGAAUCUUCA